CUAAUACGCGGUGGUGAAAUGAUCGGUCGGGCCGUGCUGCCCCCCCUUACGCGGUGUACUAGCCACUUUUAACUUCGCUAGGACCCCCGCUCAGACUGGUUAGAGCCAACAACCAACACCGUAAACUUUAAACGCCACCAACACAACCUGUCCCGACAGAGCGGUUUGCUGCACCAUCCAACCAACAAGCCAUAAUGAACUGGACAUUCGUCACAUUAUUACCCCUCCUCAGCAGUGUGAUUGCUAGUUCGUUCUCCACUAUCGCAGCCUGAUUCGUGCCGCUUUUCCGUUGCUGACGCCCAGGUUAUAGGUCCUCUGCUCGUCAACCUAGAGACGGGGAGAUCCGUCCAGACUAUCGAGCGAUCCGAAGAAAACCCUGAUUUUGGAGGUGGCCAUGGAUACUAGUUGAGCAUACAACUGAACAAACGAGCGCUACGAUACCCCGACUUCGCUGUCUGGCAGCAAUGCCCGCUGCAUGUGCGGCGGCGGCAGUCACCUUGCCAUCUUUCCUUUUUCUCCAUGGCGCUGCAUAUAGACUACAUUUUACAUGAAUUACAUACUGUAUUGUUAAUCAUGGCUAUUGACGACAAUGGAUAUUCCAAACCAUCAUUUUAACUUUCUGUUGGUGGAACUUGAAACAACAAGAGGCGUCCAAUGUCCCGCGCCACCAGGCCCACUGCGAUGAGGCGGAUGGUGUUGGUCGAGCGGUCCCGUUUUAGGGACGAGCCUUUUUAAAGUCUACCUUUCGUUCUCCAGUCUGUAGUCUGGAUCUGACCGUCCCUUUUCCAUUUUGGUGUUUUUCUUUGUGAAUAGUCGCCAUUGCAGUCGUUUCAUUUCAAUUCCACCGAUUAGUCACUACGUGCAAUGGAGGUUGUACCAACCUUAACGCUUCCAGCUGGCGGCGACCUGAGCCUUCUCCCACCUGCCUUCCUCGUUGCCGUUGCACCAUAUUGCGUCUAUAAGCAUACGCAACGUCGUGUGUUCAGCCCGGGUAUAUUGGGACUACAACUUCUCGGCAAAUUAGCUAUAGCAUGCAUUUUAGUCGCUUUACAGUUCCAAAGGCGCUUUGCAACUCUAGCAUUUGAGGCCGAUACUCUCCCACAGAGCAUUGCACUAUCAGAAUCCGUUGUCCUUGCAAUCUUGAUCUACUUUUCUCAUCGUCACUCCCCUUCUCCGUCGCUCUUGCUAAGCCUAUAUCUACCACUGGACGUUUGUCUACGGGCUAGAUUGCUUUGGCUCUCCGCUCCCGACGUUCCGCAUCACCUUGCACCCUUAGUAUUAAGGGUAUGCCUCAUUGUUCUCCACGAGCAACCCAAAUGGUCACAAAUACCAGAGCUCAGUCGAGGUCAUCUUCAACAACACGAAACUUUUGGCUUCUGGAACAAAGCUCUUUUCGUCUGGGUUGUUCCACUACCCCUUCAGGCUAGGGUUGGAGAUCUGACUGUGGAUAUGUUGAUGAAUCCAUCUAAGGAGAGCUCUUCAUUUGCUCUUAACCAACAAUUCCAAAGAGCCUGGGCAAAAGACGGUCAGCGGCCACAUGCGCUACUGAAGAUCUUCAUCAAAACGCACUGGUCGCUCUUUAUUCGAGGCGGUUUCGCAACACUACUUGGGAGUACCUUGAAGCCUAGCUUCGCGCUUUUGAUUGAGCACUUUACCAGAAUGCUAGAGUCGCGGCACGGAACCUCCCAGCUUUCAGACCAUACUUCUGCUGAGCUCGGUCAACUCGCGCUACAAACGUUUUUUAUUCUAUUUGGUCUUAUGGUGGUACGAGCUUAUGCUGCGUUCGCCGACGCUGAGAUUAAAUCUCGUCUUAGCGGGAUGAUUACCCUGGCGACUUUCAGCAAGCUACUUUCGCUCUCCGACCAGAGCUUAUCAAAUUUCGCAGACUUUUCUUUGCUUCGUAACGACCUUGCAACUAUUCAGAACAGUGUCAGAGAUAUUCAAGACGGAAUCACGGGUGUGCUCAGCGCCACCGUGUGCGCUUAUCUCUUGUGGCCUUGUAUUGGCCUCAAUAUCAUUGCCUUAAUCGUUGUAUACCUUGCUUCGGUACUCUUCUGUGCCUUUGUAGGAGAACAAAUGGCAGCCAGCCGACGACAAUGGGGCAGGGACUCCAAGGUUCGCGCUGAAGAGAGCACCAAGCUUGUCCAAAGCAUCAAGUAUGCAAAGAUGACUGGUAUCAUCAAUCUAACAGCAAUGGUCCUUUUUCGCUUGCAACAAACCGAAGCCGCCAGCCGAAGAAUAUUUAUGAAACAUAAUACCCUAAGAUUUAUGUUAGUGGUAUCAGCACACGCCACUACACCAAUAUUCGCUUUCGGUAACGGCCUCUUCAAAUCUAGAAUGCUUGGCGAUAUUCCUAUUCUGCUUAAAAGUGUCGUAUUAAGUUUUUGGUUUGCCGAAGAUUUAAAACUAGUUCUCCAGAUUCCUGAGAUCUGGUCGACAGCGGUGUCGUCGUUUUCGACGGUGGAGGAUCUUUUGCGAACCACAGCUCAUCAGAGUAAUGUGACUGUAGCGCCGCCUCUCCAACAACAUCAACUAAACCGGUCCAGCGUCGCAGUCGAGUUUAAAAAUGUCAGUCUUGCACCCGCGGCAGAUCGAGCCGUCGUGUUAAGCAACAUUUCCGCGUCCAUUCCCCGUGGCACCAUUUGCGUUCUUACUGGCAAAUCAGGAAGUGGAAAAACCUUAUUCGCACGCGCUGUCAUUGGCCGCGCGCACAAAACGCAAGGCGCUAUAACCGUUGAAGAUUCUUCCAUUGCCUACUGUGGCCAAGAUGAGUGGCUCCUUAAUGAGUCCGUCCGUCACAACAUCAUUGGAGACAACGCCUUCGAUGACACAUGGUAUACCUCGGUUGUAACAGCUUGUGUUCUAACGGAAGACAUAGAAUGCCUUGAGAAUCGUGAUGACUUCGUUGUUUCGUCGCUUGGUGCUAACAUUGAACCUAGUUUUCGGCAGCGACUGGCUCUAGCCAGAGCUGUCUACUCACGAGCGCCUUUACUUAUCUUGGAUGAUAUCUUAAGCGGCCAAAACCCAACAGUAGCAAGACUGAUUGUUGCUCAGCUACUCUCUAGCAACGGUCUUCUUAGAAAGGGCACAACCGUCCUCAUCACGGCAUUGUUUCCAGAGCCAUUUUCCCACGUUUGCCACCAAAUUUUGCACAUCAACGACCAUCGCUAUAUCAGGCGCCUUGCGCUUCAUGAUGCCAGCCUCCAACGUCGCCAGCGCCGCCAACAAAAUUCGGAUAAUGCUGACCAAGAUCAGAGUCGCAAUACUCACUUGGUGGCACUGGAGGAGAAUGCUCCAGAGAGCAUUGUAUCCCAAUUGCAAGGCUUGUCCACAGUCAACCCGAAUUAUCAGAGGAUAUCUUACUCAGUCUAUAUUCGACGGCUAGGUCCCCUCACGUUCGCAGCUUGGCUGUUUGUACUCUUCUUUGCGACGCUUUUGGAAGGCAUACCUUUUAUUUACCUUCGAUUCUGGCUGGACCCGACAACAACGACCAAUUUCCCCUUCUGGCGAUGCGUUGCUUUUACAAUCUGCAGCGGGCCUGCUUUCGCUGCUAGUGGAUAUCUCUUUCAUCUAAUAUUAGCACCGAAAGCAGCAGCAACAUUGCACGACCGAUUGCUCGAAACAAUCACUGGAUCUACACUAACGGCACUGAAUCCGGCUAACCUGAAACUGGCAACUACACUGCUUAACGACGGUAUCAAUACAGCAUCACGAGAGUUACCUACGGCUGUCUUCCAAACGGGCUAUAGCUUCAUGACGACACUGGCCAUUAUUCUUAUAAUGGGUUCUAUCCAUAGCUCAGCUCUGUUGAUGGCAGCUACCAUCACGUUUUCGCUCUUUUGCAUACGCAGCCUUUAUUGUUACACAGCGCAAAAGCUAAAAGACUUGCACCGGCGAACCACAGACAGCUUGUGCAGCCAAUUUGCCGAAACGGUAACAGGAGUUCCUUAUCUGUGCUGCUUGCGUGGGCAACGCCAGCAUUUGCAACGGGUACGAAAGGCAAUAAAAAAUACGCAAAUAGUCUCGUACAAUAUCGACUCGCUGGAGGCCUGGAUGAAAAUGAUGACCGAUUUGACGAUGACGAUAUUGGUCACAGCAUUUAUCUAUAUUCUUGGACAUGCAGAUGUCCAUCCCCAUCUCGUCGGGCUCGUACUAUCGCUAUUCAUUUACUCGAUCCAACAUCUUAGCACGGCGAUCAAACAUUGGCAUGGACUGGAUAUGGCAAUGCUGGAUGUUCAGCAAAUUGAAGAAUUUAUCACAAAUACUCCUCAAAUGGUGGCAGAACAACAGAAGCCAGCCCUGCCCGACCGCUGGCCAAGCCAGGGUCUGGUUGAGUUUGAGGAUGUAUCUAUCGCAUACAACACUGCUGGAAAUAGCCCUGUUAUUACCAAUGCAACUUUCAAGCUCGAGGGUGUCCAAAAGGCGGCUAUAUAUGGACCACGCCAAAGUGGCAAAACGACGUUGAUCUUAUCCAUGAUUUUGCUCCUCCCGUAUGAAGGGUCGAUUAAAAUUGAUGGCGUCGAAGCUCGAGAUAUCCCUCGCGACAAGUUCAAGCAGAUAUUCACCAUUAUUCCAGAAUCGCCAGUAACCUUCCAAUCUGCUUCUAUUCGGCAGAACUUGCUCACCGACGAAAUAAUCGAUCCUACUCGCGCAGAUGCCCCCCUCAACCCUGAUGGUAUUCGCUUCCUGUUUGACGACGACAUGGACGAGCGACUUACUUUGAUAACAAAGGUUCUUCACGGCGUCGGACUCUCAGACAUUGUUAGAGACUCGGGUGGUGUCGAUGCUAAGUUUUCAAACCUUGUUCUAUCCCCGACACAGCGUCAAAAGUUUUCUCUUGCCCAAGGUCUAGCGAAGCAUUACGCCACAAGAACCAAAAUGGCAAUCAUUGACAGCGCAACAAGUCAUGUCAAUACAGAGGGUCUGGAGCGUAUGAAUUCGCUUAUUGACGAGAUUUUGGGCGUGGAUCCUGAUUGCAUGGUCAUCACACUGGCAAGCCAUUCGGAUGCCAUCGACGGCUCAGAGUACGUGGCUCGAAUUGCAGGUGGCAGAGUGACCAAGUUCUUUGUUGAAAGUAUGCUGCGAAAGACGGUGUCUUCCUCGAAAAAUAGAGUCUCAAAGAGAGUUUCAAAGAGCCGAGCCAUACCAAGCGACGAGGAGCUUGCUAGCGAGGUAGCAAGACGAAGCGGACAAGGCAUGCGUGACAGAGGACGAAGGCCAAGAUCACCGUCACCCGCAACGUUAUUAUCGUCUCACUCUCAGUUGACCUCAGAUGCAGGGGCUGGUCCAAGUACGUCACAGGCACUACCACCACGACGGAUGUCACCACUCUCUUUCCGUAGCCCUUCAACAUCAGCUUCUGGUACUCAUCUGGCGAGUCGUUCUCCUGGAAGCGGACGUAAUCUCAGACCUACUCCGGCGUCACAUUCACCUGUGAGCCAACGACCUGAACCGGCGCGCCGUCGUAGGGUCCGAACAAUAAGACCGCCCCCAGUAGUACGCCCAAGAAGCCCCUCCAUAUCGGAUGACAGCGACGACGACACAUUACCGGAAAUCCCUGGCUGGAUGGUUGACUUUGCAGAUGACUCCAUCAGCGAGCUAAGACGGCAUGAGUUGUAUACCCGAAUCUUUGAAUAUGGAAGCGCAAGGAUGGAGAGGCUGUUACUUCGACACGCCCUACGGGACAAUGCGAUCUUGCAGCAUUUUCAUGAACUUCACCACAGUGACGAGCCUCAUAUCCUCCAACAGCAAGUAAGGGACAUUCAGACGGUGACGGGAUUCUACCACAAACUACAGAGUGCGCUCGUGGUGGCGCGUUACGCGCGACAACAGGGACGUUGCUAGAAUAUGUGUAUAUGAGGAGGACUCCCGGGGUUUGUGAUUUACUUUCAUUUUUUGCUUAUGCUCUCUUUUAUAUGUUUUACUACGUUGCAAUCGUGUCUUUCUGUAGUUUAGUUAUUUGUACUCAGUCAAUUCAUUUCACACAUUUUAUUUGUCGCCAUGCUUCUUCGUCUUCGUAUAAAC